GGUGUGAGUUUUUCUGUGUGUGGUUUACACCACCUGUCACUCAAAAGCCCUUUUCACAUUUCCGCCUGACGGAAACUGACAAAAAAAGGAACAAGCCUUUUGACAGAAGUGACACAAGAGUGCCAGCACAGCUACACAGAACACAGCUCGAGAGAGAGAGAGGAGAAACUGCUGCACAUUCUCAUAGAAAACCAUUGUAACUUCUUCGGAGACCCGACAGAGGCACAGCGGUCCACCAAGCUUCCAUCUCACCAACCCUGACGACAUUCUUCAAUAAGCAUGGCGUCGUGGGACCUUUCAGUCACAGUGGAUGACCUGGGGUCUGACGCGCCGGCUGUCACUCUCAGCGUGGCCUCUGACCUACACGUCGGAGGGGUCAUCCUGAAGCUGGUGGAGAAGACACAGAUAAAACGUGACUGGUCUGACCAUGCAAUAUGGUGGGAGCAGAAGCAGCAGUGGCUGCUACGAACUGCCUGGACUCUGGAGAAAUAUGGCAUCCACGCAGACGCCCGGCUGCUGUUUAUGCCCCAACAUAAGCCCCUAAAACUGGGUCUGCCCAACGGGACUACACUGAGGCUCCGAGCCUGCUUCUCAAGGCCCGUCUUCCAGACAGUGAUGGGUAUCUGCCGAAUGCUGAAUAUCCGUCACCCCGAGGAGCUCUCGCUCCUUCGGCCAAUCGAGGAAAAAAAGAAGAAGAAAGAUAAAGACUCAGCUCAGGAGAUCUACGACCUCACCGAGGUGCCCCUUUCCUCGGCCUCCCGGCCCUUACUGUAUGAUGGCAUGCCUGCCCACUUUACCGACUCACCUGAGAUGGAGGCUGUCUACAAGAUGCUGUCGGUCACCCAGCCUCCUCCCGCCCCCGAGGUCAUAGCCAAGCAGUACCGCCCCGCCAGCGUGGUGGACAAGGCCCACAUCAACGGCAGGUGGUUGGACUCGUCCCGUUGUCUCAUGCAGCAGGGAAUCCAAGAAAAUGACAGAGUCUGGCUUCGCUUCAAAUACUUUUCCUUUUAUGACAUGGAUCCCAAGUAUGACGUUGUGCGUCUGACCCAGCUGUAUGAGCAGGCGCGCUGGGCCAUCCUGCUUGAGGACAUCGACUGCACCGAGGAGGAGAUGAUGUUGUUCGGAGCUCUCCAGUACCACAUCAGUAAGGUGUCUCAGUCAGAGCCCCAGAUGCAGAGCUCCAAUGCGGCCAUGGACGACCUGGAGACGGCCCUGCAGUCGCUGGAGGUCAAGCUGGAGGGAGAGAGCAGCUCUGCGUCUGAAAUGCUGGAAAACCUGACUGCACCAGAUCUCAACGACUACCUGAAGAUAUUCAGGCCAAAGAGGCUGACUCUAAAGGGAUACAAGCAGUACUGGUUCAAGUUUCAGAAUACCUCCAUCUCCUAUUUCAAGAGCAAAGAGGAGAGUAUUGGGGAGCCCAUUCAACAGAUUAACCUGAAAGGAUGUGAGGUGGCUCCGGACGUCAACGUGGCAGCGCAGAAGUUCCUAAUCAGACUCCUGAUCCCAGCGCCUGAGGGCAUGAACGAGGUCUAUCUGCGCUGUGAAAAUGAGCAGCAGUACGCUCAGUGGAUGGCUGCUUGUCGACUGGCCUCCAAAGGCAAGACUCUGGCCGACAGCAGUUUCCAGAGUGAGAUCCAGAGCAUCCGGACCUUCCUGGCAAUGCAAAAGAAGAGCUCCGGAUCCCAUGGCGACGCACCUACCAGUGAUGAAAGCAUCAAUACCCAUAGUCUGGUGUCGCCACGCUACCACAAGAAGUACAAAACCAAACAGCUGACCCCUCGCAUCUUGGACGCCUACCAGAACGUGGCUCAGCUCUCACUGACCGAUGCAGUGAUGCGCUUUCUGCAGAUCUGGCAAGCCCUGCCUGACUUUGGGCUCUCAUACGUGGUUGUCAGGUUUAAGGGCAGUCGAAAGGACGAGGUACUGGGCAUUGCACCCAACCGUCUGAUCCGCAUCGACCUCGCCGUGGGUGAUGUGAUAAAGACCUGGCGCUACAACAACAUGAAGCAGUGGAACGUCAACUGGGACAUACGACAGAUGGCCAUAGAGUUCGAAGGCAACAUCAACAUUGCUUUUGGCUGCGUGACUGCCGACUGCAAAAUCGUUCACGAGUUCAUCGGAGGUUACAUUUUCAUGUCCACGCGCAGCCGCGCAAAGAGCGACACGCUCAACGAGGAGCUUUUCCACAAGCUGACCGGUGGCCAUGAGGCUCUCUGAGACUAAAACACACAAAAGGGAAAAACAAAAAACAAAAGAAAACAUCACAUCUCCGGCUGUGUUUCGAUAAUGGAAAACAGGUGGAUGUUCCUUUCCGGCUACUACAAAAGCAUCACAAGUGUACAACAUGUGGACAAAACUAUAUAUUCUGCUUCCUGUGUAAUGUGUUACAACCCACCUGGUCAGUCCAGCCACGUUUUUAUAGAUAGCCUUUGUUCCACACACACACACACACACACACACACACCCACGGGUGAACCCUAUCAGUGAGUGGACCACAUCUUCAAACAGUUCAAGACUUCAGAGGUCCUCAUGCUGACUUCCCCUUUACUUCAUGAUGGAGCGCCGCUGGCACCAGGUGCUGGACUACAGGUCCUGGAUCAGUAGACUUGACACUCGAACUCACCGCACCGC